AUGUGUGUGGAUACGAACUUACUAACUCUAGAAGAGCGUAGAAUUUGUGCAUCAAUAUUGUUAGUAUCCGGACUACUAUCCAAUGAAAUUGAUUGUCCCAGACUUCUGGAACUGAUUCCUAUACUAGUACCGCAAAGAAACUUAAGAUCUGAUCAGCCUUUCUAUCCGCCUCGGCAGAGGAGCAACUUUAUCCUUACUUCACCUAUUAAUAGACUGAUUAACGCCUGUAAUUAUAUAGUUCAACAGAAUAGUGAUAUUGACCUGCUUGGCUAUCAAACGCGCUGCAGCGCCAAUGCCCUAGCAUCCAUCAUAAUCAACUCUAGACAAUUUAAUUAA